AUGUCCUUCUUCGGCUUUGACACCAACCUGCCGCGCGACCGACAAGGACAAACGGGCGGACAGAGCAUGUUCCAGCAGCACGACCCUUUCGGCGGCUUGAGGCGAGAGGAUGCGGGCAACCAAGAGUCUCUGGACUUCGAAGACACCUACGAUGGCCUGGGUCUGAACCUGGACGAGUCGGGAGACACUUUCAAUGACGACACGUUUGGAAGUGAAGAGCCUGUCACGAGGCAAGAUGUGGGCAAGGACUUUGACUUCGCUGGACAGACGAGCCGGAUGAGAGGCGAGCUGUUGGAAGAGGAAGCGCUGCAUCAUGCCCGCCAGCCAAUGCAGUAUGCGCAGCCGUCUAAGCAAAAGAAGUCGGGUUAUGAGGCGUACCGAGAGCCAGAAUACAUCCCCAAGCUGGAGGCAGAUGCAUCGAUAUGGGGCAAAUUGAGCACCAACAACAAGAAGCCGGCCGAACAGCAGGCAAAGCAAGAUAGCUCGGCGAGGAAGAUGAUGAGCGUGGAGGAGGUGGAAGCCAUGAUGCGCUCUCAAUCCAGGCCGACACCGCCUGUUCAGGACACGGAGAGGCAGAGCCAGGGUUUGAGGGACAUGCUUGGUGUGGGCUCCCCUGGCCCAGCGCCUCCACAACAGGACCAGACACGGCCACCUGUCCAGAUCUUGCAGAGACCUCAGCAGCAGCAACAGCCGCCACAGCAACAGCCUCAGAUGCAGCAGCCAAUGCCUGGUUACAAUCAGCGCGCACCACAGAUACUGCAGCGCCAGCAUACUCCCCAGCAGCAAGGCCGGCCGCAGUCGCAAGACUUUCAAGGCCAGCCUCCCUACCCUACUCAACAGCAGCAUCCAGUGCAAAUGCCCAUGGGAGCACCACCAGGCCAGCCUCAGCAGCCACGUGCGCCCAUGCAGCCUGUCUCGCACAACCGCGGCCCGUCGUACAAUGGCCCUCCAAUCACCCAAGCACAGCAGAUGAUGAACAUGUCAAACGAAGAACGCGAAACAUACCUCGCAGAAGAAGCCAAGCGGGCCAAACGAAACCACAAAAUCUUCCUACUCAGCAAGAACAAUGGCUUGAUGACGCCUCAGGACAAGAACUUUAUCACGCGCAUACAAUUGCAGCAACUGUUGACUGCCACUGGUGGCGUCGACAAUGCUAUGGGAAGUGAGGAGCAGCUGGCUGAGGACUUUUACUACCACGUCUACUCGCAAAUCCGUGCUCCUCCAAGGAGUGGGCCAGGUCAGCCAUUGAGCCAUUUCGCACAGACAUAUCUAUUCCAGACUGGCAGUCGCUACGGCCAUGGGAGGAAUAGGAAUCAGCCCAGAGGUGGCGACAACCACGUCCAGCGCAUGGAGCAGCAGGUCGCUCGUGCUGUAGAAGCAGCCAAAGCGAGACCAAAGAACAAGAGCCUCGUUGUCGAAGGCUCUCUCGGCAAGAUUGCUUUCAGCAACUCCAAGACUCCACGGCCGCUGCUCAACCUCAAGCGCGCGGACUCCGAAAGCAGGAUGCGACCUGCACGCCAAACCACCGUCGCCGAUCGUAAAGCAGCUUUGCGAGACGUCGAACACCUCUUCACCUCCCUCAUGAUCCUUGAAGACCACGAGCGCAAAAUGCCUGAGCCGCCUAACGAAGAGAGUCCUCCCGACAAGAUCGAAGGCCACAUCAAGUGGCGCACCGAGCUGCAACACCUCAACCAGAAUCUCUGGGAAGCGACAAAGGUCAUGGAACCAAUCCAGCCAAACCCCACAACACCCCACCCCUUCAUCGCCCUCCUCGCCCUCUCCAAAUCCAAAAAAAUCAUCCCCCGCCUCUUCCGCCACCUUGACGACCAACAGCGUCUCACCAUGCUCACCCUCAUCGUCAUCCACCUCGACUCCCUCGACGUCGUGCGCGACGCCUACCCGCCCGCGGACAACACGCCCCUCCCCGUCCGCGUGCGCGAGGAAAUCGCCCUCUUCGACGCCUGCAUCAUGCCGCCGCUCUUCAACUACGUCAACGAGGCGCGACUAGAAAUCAUGGUCGGGCUCCUCGGCCUCGUGCUCGAGCGCGUACACGUGCAGAGCAUCCUGCGCACGAGGAUCGGCGUCAGCAUGCUCACCAUGCUCAUCUCUCGCGCCGAACUCGUCGCCGGCUCCUUACCACCCAACGCGAACCAAGACGACAAGCAGCAGUGGCAACAGCUCUACUCCCGCUUGUUCGACACCAUCGAACCCGUGCUACCGUACAUUUUCCCCACGACGACGAACGUGGCUGCCGCGGACGACGUGUAUGUCUGGCAGUUCCUCGCGGCGAUGGGGGUGGGCGCGAGUCCGGAUCAGCAGCAGCGGUUGGUGUUGGGGGUGAAGGAGCGGGUGAUGGAGACGGUUGGGGUGGCGAAGGGGUUGCCGCAGGAGUUGGCGGGGAAGAAGCUGGGGGAGGUGAAUUUGUUUAUGCGGGCUAUUGGGUUGGAUGUUGAGUUGCUUGGGUGA